AUGCAGGUUGAACCAGUGCGAAGCUUUCGCUCUGGCCGCAGCUAUCUGACUGAAACCUGCAGCCCACAAGUCGUCAUCCUGUGCGUUGUUUCAGCAUGCUUUAGUGUCAUGGUGGGCUUUUGGGCAGAGGAUGAGCCUGAAUUGCGCCGGAUUUUCGAAGUCUGCAAGGGGACUGGGCGGAAGCGAACUUGCCAUUCAAACCCCUGGACUGCGCUUUUCGUGGGGAACGUGCUCAUAGCUGCUACGGCCAUGAUGAUGCAGGGGUAUCGGAGUCACUUCGUUUUCCUAGGUGCUGUUAUUUUAUUCGGGACCCUUGGAGUCAUAUCGACGGAGCAGGCUCUAGCUGGCUUCUCGAGCCCUGGCAACAUUGCCUUCCAGGCUGUUCUUGUCUUGGUCGGGGGAAUUCAGGAUUCUGGAGUGUUGGACCACAUCUUCUCAAAGCUUCUUGGGACGGAGCAGAAACACCUUCGGGCCUUCCUGCGGGUGCAGCUGGUCACUGCGCUUCUGAGUGCCUUUGUGCAGCAGACUACUGUGGUGGUUGCAGCGGCACCGGCACUGCAGCGCUGGGCGCCGCAAGCUGGGUUCACCCCACGCGAGAUUCUCUUGCCCAUAGCGAGCAUUGGCGGUAUGAGCCAGAACUUCAUGAUUGUGACCUCCACCGUGGCCCUGACAAUUUACCAGACAAUGCCAGAAGCACAGCUCCAAAUGCUGGAUCCUGCCCUGGGCUGCAUAGUGCUGACGCUGCUUACUUGCCUUUACUGCACGGUUGCCACAAAGCCCCUUCUGGGUUCUGCUGCUGUGGAACCACAAAGUAGGAUGGAGCAUCUGCGGUACCAGUGCAGCAACCGCUACUACCUGUCCUUUGAAAUAGCCAAAGGAUCUUUCCUGAUAGGUUCCACCGUGGUUCAGGCAGGCCUGCUUUCUCAGCCCGGCGCCGUCCUAGUUGACACGGACUUUGCACUGGAUAAGCGAAUGGAAGCGGGGAAUUUCCUGCAUUUUGCAGCGACGGCUGCGGGAGUUGCCCAGAUUCGAAACCGAAGCCCUGGACUGAUGCUGAAAGGCGUUGACCCUUUAGCGGUUUUGGGCGCGCAGCGCCAUCGACGGCGGCUCUUUGAGGUUGGCGUGGCCCCUGGCUCGGCGCUUGUGGGCUGCAAGCUGCCGAUCAGCCUGAACCAGGCGACCUGCAUUGCCGCAAGACGCCCUCAAGCGCCCAUGACAAUGACGAGCCCUUACCUUGCAAGACGGCCUUUUCGUCCAUCUGCAGGAGGCGAGUUGCCCAGCGAUGACAUGAAUAUAGUGGAGCUGGGCGAGUUCAAAGAUGCCUUGUGUGCCGGAGACAUAUUGUUGGUGGAGGCGUUCCUGGAAUUUGCUGAUCUGCCUGAAGUUGAAAGGAACUUCAGCUUCGUGGCCGUAGUACCAGAAUCCGCACCACCACGGCAUGGGCGCCGGGUGGACCAGGGCAGAGGUUGGUUGGCGCUGCUGCUGCUGGCUUUUGUAAUCGUCUGCUCUUUGCUGAAUUUCUGCGAUCUGGUUUUUCUGGGUCUCGCUGCCGUGGGUCUCUGCGUCAUCCUCAACAUAGUCCAUAGGGAAGCUGUCUUACAACGCUUGAACCUGCCCAUUUUCCUCACCAUAGCCGGAGGCCUGGGUGUUGGCCAGGCAAUCAAGGAGAGCGGCUUGGGCAAUGCUUGGGCGAAGCUGGUUAUUUCUGCUGGCCGUCACGCUGCCCUUGGUCAUCCCUUGGGCAUUUUGAUGGCGUUAUCUUUUAUUACAUCUCUUCUGGCAAACCUCAUGUCGCAUACUGCCACAGCAGCGCUGAUGGCGCCCAUUGCUAUGAGAGUUUGUUCUUCGGAGAACAUGAACUUGAAGACGACGGCUCUGGUCCUGGUGUUCUCAGCAAAUGCUGCCUUUGCCAUGCCCUUUGCCACUUCUGCCAACAUCAUGCUCAAAGGCCUGGCCCCAAGAGAGAGAAUGCCGCAAGAGCUUGCGCAGAGUACUGUACGUGAGGAUGUAGGCGAAUAA